UCUCAUUGUUCUACCAAAAUAUGAACAAACAGUCUGCUAACUCCAUGAUGAUGAGUAGUUCCCUGGUGAAGUUUGCAACAGGAAUACUGGUGUUACUUCUUUUCUUGGGUGAUCACCAAGCUAUUUCUGCUUCACUGCCUUCUGGUGAAGAUGAGAGUCUACUGCAUGUCCCCAGGUGCGGAUCGAGGAAGACAUUUCCAGGCGAAGAUGGAAGCUUAGACUGUCAAAGUCUGGUGUUUUCUAGCAGAAGGAAGUUGUCUUUUCGAAGUUUGAGAUCAACAAGCACGUUGUCUCCACCGCCAUCGCCUACCAUAGGUAAAGCAAAAGCAAUGGCCGUACCUGCACCACCUCCACCGGCACUGUGAUGUUGAUCAUCUGUAUCCUUGGUCGUAAACAGGAGAAGGAAAAGAUAAAACACCCCAUUUCUGUACCUCUGUUGUAUAUAUAAAUGUCAUUUCCUAGUAAAAAAGUUCAUGCUUAGAUGUCCAUGAGCUCGCCUCUCCAAAGUCAAGUGGAGCUCAGUCCGAUCCUAUUUAUGUAUUUUGAUGUUAAUUAGAAUUUAAUGUUAAUUAGUAUUUUAAU